UUGCUGUUUGAAAUGCAGCCGAUAGUCCGUGUUUAUAUCAGCCGCAACAUACAUUCAUCAACCUAAAAACCUUACACGCGGCCUCAAAAACCCUGCGCACUGUUGACCAAUUGAAUUUUGUAUCUGAUUCUGUUUUUUUUGCGACUGGUGUGUCGCGACGGACCUUUUCUUCAAUUUGUUCACUUUUAAACAAUCAAUUUGCCGAGAUAAGACGUCCGUCACAUAGUGCAUGAAGAAGGGAAUAAUUACGGAAACAUAAUGUGGAAGACAAUAAUAUUGUGUGCAAUUGUCAACUUGAUAAUUGCCGAGAAUUUUCGCAACUACAAAGUCUUCAGAAUAACUCCAACUACAAAGGCACAAGUUGAAUUAUUACACCAGUUGAGCGAAAAUCACGACUUUACCUUCUGGAAAGAACCUUUUGUAAACAUGCAAGCAGAUCUUAUGGUAGCCUCGCACAAAUUGUCAAUAUUCAACAGAAUAAUGGACGAGUCUAAAAUAUCCUAUAAAGUUUUUAUUGAGGACAUUCAGACACUGAUCGAUCAAACAAUACCCGUAAAUCAGUCAACUUCGUUCAAUUUUACAAGUUACCAUACUCUCGAUGAAAUUUAUAAAAACUUCGAUGAUCUGGCUGAACAGUAUCCUGACAAAGUAGAGGUUGUUGUAGCCGGCACAACUUAUGAAAGACGUCAGAUUAAAGGUGUCAAAGUUUCCUUUAAACCUAAUAAUCCCGGAGUCUUUAUCGAGGGUGGCAUCCAUGCUAACGAAUGGAUAUCGCCGGCAACUACCAUGUAUGUUUUGCAUCAACUUUUAACCAGCAAUGAUCCGGAUAUUAGAGAGCUCGCAGAGAGGCAUAAUUGGUAUAUAUUUCCCGUAUUCAAUCCGGAUGGAUAUGUAUACACGCAUACUACCGAUCGAUUAUGGAGAAAGACACGUGAGCCGCAUUUUCCAAUGUGCACAGGUACCGAUCUCAAUAGGAACUGGGGUUACAAAUGGAAUAGUGGUGGCGCCAGUAAUUUCUCAUGUUCCGAAAUGUACGCUGGAAGUGGACCAUUUUCUACUACAGAAGCGAUGACAAUGUCUAAUUAUAUUAAUUCCAUUUCUAACAAAUUUUAUGCGUAUAUCGUGUUCCAUUGUUAUGCACAGGUUUUGAUGUUUCCUUAUGCUUACACAACAAAGAAGAUCAAAAAUUAUGAUGAAAUGUAUGACAUCGCUUCAAAAGCAAGUGCGUCUCUUAAAAAGAGAUAUGGAACUGAGUAUCAGGUUGGAAGUAUUGCCGAGAAAGCUUACAUAUCUAGUGGCUGUACUUCGGAUUAUAUGACAGACGUGUUAAAUAAAAUUGAUUUCGUUUAUGAGUUGCGUGAUCAAGGUACUUAUGGUUACUUGUUGCCUCCUGAGCAGAUUAUCCCAACUGGACAAGAGACCAUGGACUCUCUUAUAACCUUGUUUAAAGAAGUAAAAGCACGUGGAUAUCCCAAAAAUAAAAUUGAAGCUUAAUAAAUUUAUUGCACAGUUU